CCCCAGCCUGGGGGGAGGGCUGCAAGGGGGGGCCCAUUCUGGGGGAAGGGCCACUUGGGUCUCCAGCCUGGGAGGAGACUGUGGGCCCCCAGCCUGGGGCAGGAGGUGUGAGCGUCCCCAGCCUGGGAGGAGGCCAUUGGGAUCCCCAGUCUGGGAGGAGACUGUGGGCCCCCAGCCUGGGGCAGGAGGCAUGAGGGUCCCCAGCCUGGGAGGAGGCCAUUGGGAUCCCCAGUCUGGGAGGAGGGCUGUGGAGGUCCUCAAGCUUGCAGGGAGGCCUCAGGGGUCCCCAUCAUAUUUGGGGUCUGCGUGCUGGAAGAGGGUAAGAGGGUUUGAAUCCAUCUGGGGUGGGCAUUUUUUUGUACUUUAUCAUACAACUGUUGCCUGUAUUUCCGCAGGCAUGCAUGUGCCUGUGUCCACCCCCAGGCUUCUUCAGCGUAAGGCCUGUGUAAGCAGUUCACAGUCUCAGAUGUAUAGAGGCCAGGCAGGUGACAGAGCGAACAGAUCUGGGGGUGUCUCUUUUAAACAAAACCCCACUCUAUUUAUGCGUUUAACACGUAGGAAUAUUCUUCUUCUCCACAAAUACAGGACUCUCAUUUUUCUCCAAACUUGUCUCUCUUUGUCCACCUUGCAUUUUUGGUACUUUUGACAGACACAGGUAUUAGAGCAGUCUCACUCCCUUGCUGACCGUACUGUGAGAAAAACCACAGUUCCAGUUCAGGGACAAAUGUAUCCGUAUCAGAGGGCCGGGGCGUGUGCCCUGUGUGAGAGAUGAAGCCGCUGUGUGCCCGCCGGCCGCUUGUCACCCACUGUUGGCAGUCUGGUUUUCACAAGGACCUGGGAUCUAGGGUCAUGGGAAAUCUCUUACUUUUAACAGUGUUGGUAAUGAAGCAGGGCAAGUACAUUAAGUAACAGCACUGUAUCCAUGUUAAUUUCCUGGCCUCUACAGUUGUCCCACGAUCACGUAAGAUAGUAGCUUUGGAGAAGUUGAGCAUAGGGUAUGUGGGAACCCUCCCGUUUCUGUAACUUUUCUGUAUGUAUGAAUUCAUUUCAAAAUCCAAAGUUAAAAAAAUGAGUAAAAUACCGAGGCCCAAUUCUGUGAAAGCUGAACAUAAUAAUGCCCUUGCUGGCCACCCGCUGGAGCCCUCUGGUUUUCACUUGGGAUUUCGUGGCCUCUGCAGUGCAUCACACAGCACCGUGUGUUGGGCAAGGUCGCCAAUCAGCCGACACUAGUGCUCUGGCUUGAAGAACAUGUUUAUAGGGAGAUCGUUGUGUUGUAUCUGUGAGGUAUUUGACUUUUAAAACUGUCUUUUUCUCGUUUUAAACAGGUUUUACAAAAGAGGCAAAGUGUUCUACCUCUAGAUUUUUUCCAUUUUUUUCCCCAUAAAUCAAAACAUCUCAAAAUGGAGGCCUAACACCCUUAAAAGGGACUUAGUCUGAUCUCCGGGAGGUAGUUUUGUGCAUGAAGAAACAAAUUAAGUGUGAACUGGAGUUUUUAUUAUCCCAAAGGAUGUUAAUUUUAAACAAUACAGUCUAUUGGCAUGAGGUGUAACUAUAAAGUCAUGAUGAUCUCGUCUUUGAAUUUGACUGGUGGAUAUAAAGGGAAGUGAUUGUAGCCAGAACAGAACAGAGAGAAGGAACUUGUGUUUGGUACAGACCUGAAAAUGAGCGACAGUUAUCUAGAACAAUAUUCACCCCUCUACUAAGUUAGAGAAGCACGCAGGUGAGGCCUCUGACAGGUCAAGAGACUUCCAUGGUGACAAAGAAAUGUCCAGAACAAGACUUUGCGGUGCCCCAAGUGUCGAGUAUGGCACACUAGCAUGGAUGAUUGGUAAAGGAAUGAUCUAAGCACUUAUCUGAAUGUGCAUGUGUUAAAAGUCUCAAGUUCGGCUUGUUUGAAGGGGCUGUUAUCUCUGAGAAGGACGACGGUGAGAAUGAUGGCUGGAUGGUCCAUUUUGGGAAAACAACAGACUUACGCAAACACAGUGACUAGCCCCGGAAGGGUUUCUGCAGUAAUGUGUAAAAUUUUUGUCCACUGCUGAUGUUAGACACAAUAACUGAUCCCUGGAACAGAGCUACGUUUCUCAUAUCACCUGGAAGUAAAGAGCCAAAGUCGCAGCGGAAACCCCAACACCUGUGGGACCCAGGAAACUGCACAGAAAUCACGGCUAGAGAAGCCACGAAGACCCGUUUGCAGAUUGUUGUUCAUGUUACUGACACAGAAACUUUUUACUGAUAGCUGGUCGUAAUUUAGAAACUACUCUGAACUUUCACAAGGUCUCUGUUUGGCAAAAGGAGGGGAUUGUGACAACGUAAAUUCAUUAUUUUCUUGUUGCGAUGAAUUCUGGCUCAAGGUAUGCUGUCUUUGGGAUUUCUGACCAAAGCCACAUUUGUACACUUCGAUUAUUCAUCUUAGUAUACAGACUCAGCCCUCUGACUUUUGACUGUUUUAAGAAACAAAUCCAUUGUCAGAAUAGAUUUGGUAGUGUCUUUCAACGGCGUCAAGCUGAGCCUAAAAAGACCAGUUGAACAAACACAUUCUUCUCUGAGGAUUUAUUUGAAAUACAGUAUUCAGUUUGCUAAGUUCUACUGGAAUCACUAGGACUAAGUAACCAAGCCGCUGACUAUGGGAAGUAAUUGUCGUUCAGGUAAUUUUGAAACAGGACUUAAGAUGCAUCAGCCAAUUCUGUUCCCACUUCAGCUCUUCAUUUGUAGGAAAAUUCUAGAUCGUUUUGUUUUUCCUAUUACAAAUAUUCUAGGAAGAAAAAUUACUUAAUUUGAGCACGAUUUGGGAUAGAUUGUAUUCCAUCGCAUCUAAGAUGUCACUAAUUGGAAAACACACCAUUAUUUUAUAUAGCUCCAAGAAAUAAAAGCCCUGCUAAUUAAAAUACGGUAUUUGUUAGCUGAAAGAUACCUCUUGGUAACAGAGGUGUUAAAAAGAUACAUCCUACAAUCGGUGAAAUGACCCCAAUGUACUUGUUUCUUCUGUUCAGGCAGGUCUUACGCUUUUCUUCUGGCUACCAAAUUUCAUGAUUAAAAAAAAGCAAAAUAAACAUAGUUUGGAUUUUUUUCUGUGGAGCACGUACAGGGCAUAGGUUUCCUCCCCGAAAACAGGCUGGCAGUGUGAGCCCCACGCCUGGUCUCCAGGCCAGCCGGGCACCGUGAAGCCCCCACCCCUGCCGAGGCGCUGUCCUGCCUGCAGGGGUGCCCGACGCCGAGUGGCAUCUUAGUGACCUGAAGCGCUCCCCGCUUGUGCGCAGGGUUUUGAUUUCCACGACGAGGUGCCGUGUGCCAUCGUGCUCGCGCUGUGUGUGUAAAGAUUAUGGAAAAGUGCAGUUGCACACACUCUCUCCCUACCGCGUGUCAGCGUCGAGCUUAGAAUCUCACCAUGCGGAAGCCCUGAAUACACAGAGGGAAAGAAGGACAAGAGACUUCCUGUUCUGGGUGUCCACCUAGUGAUAAAAGUAACCACCGUCCAGAGCCAUGCACAAAGCUACCUCCCCAGAGAAAGGCUGGUCCCUUUGCCACCCCGUCCGUUUCGUCAUGAACAUCGGAGCAAACAGCACAUUGUCAUCAAAGCUGCUGAAAGGCGGCACCGUGUCGGGGCUGAAAUACGACCACUCGUGUGAGCUGUACCGAAUGUCCACGUUCUCGGCCUUCCCCGCCAGCGCCCCUGUCUCGGAGCGGAGCCUGGCCCGGGCCGGGUUCUACUACACGGGCCGGAAGGACAGGGUCCGGUGCUUCUGCUGCGGCCUGACGCUGGACAACUGGAAGCAGGGGGACAGUCCCCUGGAGAAGCAUCGGAGGCUGUACCCCAGCUGCAGCUUCAUCCAGAGUCUAAAUCCGGUGAGCGCUUCGGGCGCCCCCUCUCAGCCCACCUGUCCUUCCUCAGGGACGAGCUCCAGGCUCUUGCCGCCUCCCAGCGUGGAAAACGGGGGCUGUCCUAGCCGCUCCUGCGCCACCUUCCCGCAGAACCCUGUGACCUUCAGAGCAAACCAAGGUCUCUGUCCCCGGAGGAUGAGUCCCCACCACCGUGCGAUGGAGGCCGAGGAAGCCAGAUUGCACUCGUUCCAGGGCUGGCCCUUGACCUUCCCGCUGCCGGAGCAGCUGGCCAGAGCUGGAUUUUACUACCUGGGCCCUGGGGACAAGGUGGCCUGCUUCGCCUGCGGCGGGAGACUGAGUAACUGGGAGCCGGACGACGACGCCCUGUCAGAGCACCUGAGACACUUCCCCUUCUGCCCGUUCGCAGAAAGCCGGCUGCAGGACACCUUGCGGUGCGCCGUGUCCAACCGGAGCAUGCAGACGCACGCGGCCCGCUCCCGAAGCUUCUGCAGCUGGCCCCCCAGCGUGCCUGUUCUCCCCGAGCAGCUGGCCCUGGCUGGCUUCUACUACAUGGGGCACAGUGAUGACGUCAAAUGCUUUUGCUGCGACGGUGGACUGCGCUGCUGGGAAUCAGGAGACGACCCGUGGGUGGAGCACGCCAAGUGGUUUCCAAGGUGUGAGUAUUUGAUACGAAUCAAAGGACACGAGUUCAUCAGUCAGAUUCAAGCCAGUCACCCCUGUCUCCUUGAACAGUUGUUAUCUACUUCAGACAACACAGAAGAUGAAAAUGCUGAGUCACCAAUUGUUCAUUUUGGGCCUGGAGAAAAUUCCUCCGAAGAUGCCGUCAUGAUGAACACACCCGUGGUGAAAGCGGCCUUGGAGAUGGGCUUCGGUAGAAACCUGGUGAAACAGACCGUUCAGAGCAAGAUCCUGACGAGCGGGGAGAAUUACAAAACAGUCAGUGAUAUUGUAUCAGAUUUACUUAAUGCAGAAGAUGAAAUCAGGGAAGAGGAGCAAGAAAGAGCCACUGAGAAAAAAGAAUCAGAUGAUGUGUCAUUAAUCCGGAAGAACAGAAUGGCGCUCUUUCAACAUCUGACUUCCGUACUCCCCAUCCUGGAUGGUCUCCGAACUGCCAGAGUGAUUACUGAGCAAGAACACAGUGUUAUUACACAGAAAGCACAAACAUCUCUGCAAGCAAGAUUGCUGAUUGAUGCUGUGUUAGUGAAGGGAAGUUUUGCAGUCACCGUAUUUAAAAACUGUCUCCUAGAAAUGGACCCCGUGUUAUACGAGCGUUUCUUCGUGCAACAGGACCUAAAGUAUGUUCCCACAGGAGAUGUUUCAGGUUUGCCAGUGGAAGAGCAGCUGAGGAGGCUGCAGGAGGAAAGAACCUGCAAAGUGUGCCUGGACCGAGAAGUGUCCAUAGUGUUCAUUCCCUGCGGCCACCUGGUGGUGUGCCAAGACUGCGCCCCUCCCCUCAGAAAAUGCCCCAUUUGCAGGGGCCCAAUCAAGGGCACCGUCCGGACCUUUCUGUCGUGAAGAGGAUCCAAAACUGUUUAAACUUUAUAACUAACGGAUUAAACGUAUUCUAUUUUUUACUUCUA